AUGAGUGACAGACCUAUGCCGCCUGCGCAGCGGCUGCCCCUCGAUACGUCCUGGCCUGAUGAAGACGUCUUCGUCCAGUCUCUGCUGUCCUUCGCCACAGAAUGUGAGCUCUUCCGCAACCUUUGCGGUGGGGUACAUAUCCUCGAUUUCUUGACACGUGAGCCAGAGCUCUACGCGACUGUUCUGCCUCAAGAGUGGCGUAACUGGUUUGACCAAGUGGAUGUUCAUGAUGUUCUGCAGCUUCUCCUCCGCGAGGAUCUUGACCCACUAUUGUCAUCUCAACAACCCGUAUCCUGGCGCGAGGGCCCUGAUCCACCCGGGAGUCUCAUAAGAUACGCCAUUACUAUCAGAAAGCACUGCUUGUUGCGUGAUUACAAUUCGCCUACGUUAGGUUCGGAUUCAGGCGUCAUGCCGCGCCGACUGGUAGCAGGAAUGAAACCAAAGAAACUCCAUGAAGUGCAGCAUUUUUCCACCUACAUCGACAGACUCUCAUGCUUUGUAGCCGAGGAGACAGGAGAACCAGUCUCGGGGUUUGUAGAUUUCGGCUCGGGUCAGAACUAUCUUGGUAGAACUUUGGCCAGCCCGCCCUACAAUCGCAAUGUCGUUGCAAUCGAACGAAAGCAUCAUAAUGUUGCCGGUGCCAGAAGAAAAGAUGUGUAUGCUAAACUGGCGAAAAAGGAAGGGAUCAUGCGAAAUAAAAAGGAAUACAAGCGGCAGCUCAUGGAGGGCGGCAGUAUCGAUGAAUGUGUCUCGGUUGCAAGCGAUGCACAAAGUCCAGGUGGCGGCACUGGCAAUCACACCGUAUAUGAAAAGAGCGAUGUCGGCUUGAGUGGCUCCAUCACAUAUAUUGAACAUGAGAUAGAGAACGGCCAGAUAGAAGAAAUCAUCUAUCCACCUGCUUGCAUUCCGACAAUGUCAUGCGCAUCAUCCUCCACUGCGCGAGAUUACCUUGCUCCAAGUACACCCUCUGGUCUCGCUCAGCACGCCAUGUCCCGCCCCAACUUGAUGGUCAUUUCACUCCAUUCAUGCGGUAACCUCUCCCACCACGGGCUGAGGACGCUAGAGCCUAGCCUCAAUCCCUCCGUCUCCGCCGUUGCGUUGAUCGGCUGCUGUUACAACCUCCUGACCGAACGUCUUGGACCCGCAACAUACAAACACCCUCUCCUUCGUCCCCGCCAUCCGAGACUGGAGUCCACAGGGUCCGCUUACGAUCCACAAGGCUUCCCCAUGAGCAGGAGGCUCGAAGAAUUUUCCAAUCCGGACGGAACUCACGGAGUGCGAUUGAACAUCACAGCCCGCAUGAUGGCCGUGCAGGCACCUUACAACUGGGGCAGAGAAGACAGCGAAGCUUUCUUCACCAGACAUUUCUACCGAGCACUUUUGCAGCGGAUGCUGAUGGACGUGGGGAUUGUGAAACAAUCCUCCAGCACAACAAGCUCUCAAGAUGUUGUCGGAGGCUCCAUUUCCGGCCGUGACGAAGCCGGCACGCCUCUCAUCAUUGGAUCUCUCAGAAGCUCCGCUUUCACCUCUUUCCGUGCCUAUGUCCACGCAGCAUUGGAGAAGCUAUCUCGAGACCCCCUGAUUGACAACCUGAUUCAAUCCAAAACCAUCGGCUUCAACGACGACGAAAUCGCAUCCUACGAGAUGCGAUUCGCCUCGGCGAGAAAACAGCUGGCUGUCAUGUGGAGCUUGAUGGCCUUCUCGGCUGGAGUGGUGGAGAGCAUCAUCGUAGUCGAUCGAUGGUUAUGGCUGAAGGAGCAGGUCGGCUGGAUUGGAAAAUGCUGGGUCGAGCCCGUCUUCGAAUACAAGUACAGUCCGAGGAAUCUCGUCGUGGUUGGAGUCAGGAAGCGGCGAGAGAAGCAGGAAACCGAGAAGGAGGAGCUCAAUACCGGUAGCAGCGAGACCAAGGAGAAGAAAAUAGGACUAAAUUGA